UAUGUCACUUCCUACUAGCCUACGUCACUUCCGCCGAUCUACGUCACUCUCACCCCUCCCCCGGCUCACAGCCUCGGGGCUCGCGUGCCUCUGCGCCUGCGUGUGACCCCUUAGCGCCUCGUUCGGUCCCAACUCUCCUCGGCUCUGUUCCUCGGGCUUCGUUUCGCCAUGGGUCCCUCUGUCCUAAGGCCUCAGGUUUCGAGGCGGCUCCUUGGUCUCCAGCAAGCGCUCAGCAGUCCCUUCCCGGCUCCUCAGGUGCCUCCAACCCCGCUCAGCCCGCCGUAUCUCCAUAGCUCGGCCAGGCCUCAGGGCGGUUCGUUUUUCUUCGGGUGCUUGAGUCCCCCUGGCUCGGUUCCCUCCGCCCCUCUUCGGGUCCCUCCGCUCCUCUUCGGCUCUCUCUGCGUCUCUUCUACAGGGCCUCACUGCAACCCCGGCUGGCCUCAAACUCAAGGCAGUCCGCCUGCCACAGCCCCCUGCUGUGAUUCCAGCUCCCAGCAUGCUUCCAGAGGCCCCAUUUCAUCUUUCCUGGAUCGCUACAGUCAAGAAUUAUAGUUGUACAGUCCCCAAUCUGGCCUUGACUUGUGUGAAGGAAACUUUGUAUGUAUUUUGU